CGCAUACACACACCGGUGUCGGCACUCUUUCCCCACACACAACGUGGGGGUUCUGCUCGGUUAUGGGGCAUUUUAGUGUCGCAGUGAUUCUAGUAGUUUGUGACGGCGGUACACCACACGACGGUGGUAUUUGGUAGUAUUUGGACAGUUCAAGAUCGUUCCAACGGAUGAUAUGUCGGCCUUGACGUCACGGCGUCUCCAGAGCUGUGGAGCGUCCUGCCGGAGCAGAGCGCCGUGGCACGUCGUCGGCCCCCCAGGGAUGACGGCCCCCCCGCCCCCCGCCUGUCUGGCGCUGCGCCUCCACACCUCGGAGGACCCCAACGGCAACGCCUUCGCCUCCCCCUGCUCCGGCUCCGGCUCCUCCCCCUCCUCCUCCUCCUCCUCCUCCUCCUCCUCGUCCCGCUCCUCCCCUUUCCCCGGCGAGGCGUCCCCUGAUUCGCCGAGCAGCCCGAGCGACCGCGUGCUGGCGGUCGCCGUGACGACGGCGGCGGCGGCGGCUGCGGCGGCCGCCCGCGGGCCCGAGGAGGACGGGGGCGCGGCGGGGGCGUGGCUCGACGACGCCUCGCUAUCGGUCUACCUGGACGCCCGCAGCAGCGCCCGCACCUGGAGCGACCGCAACCUCAACCUGCUGGUCGCCAUCGCCGCCGAGACCGCCCCCGGCCCCGGUCGGCACGGCAACCACGCGGGCGACGACCUCAGCACGGGGAGGGGCGGCUGCCCCUCGCCCGACUCGGACGCCACGGAGAUCCCAGCCGACGACGACGACGACGACGAUGACGAUGAAGAUGAUGAUGACGAUGAUGAUGAAGAUGAUGCUGAUGCGGCGGGCGAAGAGGAGUCCUUGUUCCUGUCGGCGAGCUCUGAGCCGUCUCUGGAUGCGUCCAGUGGGACCCAGUCGAGGCCCCUGAGCAAGGGCCCCCCCAUCCCGGGGGCCUCCUGCUGCCUGCUGUCCCCCGCCACCCCCUCCCCCUCCUCCUCAUCCCCCUCCUCCUCCUCCUCCUCCACCAAUCAGCUUCCAGACUCCAGGCUACCAGAGGCUGCGGGGUGUGUGGGGUCCUUAAAGAGCGCCCCCCCGCAGACAGAGCCAGAGCAGCCGAGGCGGGCCCCGGCAACGGCCCCCACGGCGGCUAAACCAGCCAAUCACGUGGCACGGAGGGUCAGAAGGCCGGACCUGAGGCACAUCAAGGCCAAGGUGGUGUCCAGAGCCGCCCCUUCUGCAGCCAGACCGUCCAAUCAGAGACCGCCAGCCAAUCAGAGGAGAGCUAUUCCACGGAAGGAGGAAGUGCACGGCAAUGGAGAGAAAGGUCAAAGGUGGGCCGCGGGCGGGGUCAAGACGAGAACCUCGCCCUGCCGCUCCGUCCAAUCAGAGGAGAGGAGGAGCACGCUGGCCAAUCGGACGCUCUCUGGGUCCGCUAGGUCUGAACCGGGGCCGGAGGUCGCGGAGGUGCCGACUGUGGCGAACGGCGUAACCAUGACAACGCCGGACACGCCCCCCGGGCAGAAGGUCUCCUCCAAGCUGGGGCCCGGGCCCAGGCAGCAGGCCGGCCAGAGGGCCCCGGGGGCGAGCUGCGCCACAGGACCCGUUGCUGCGGUGUGGGGAAGCGGUGCUCCGGCACAGGGGGGCAGCGGGCCCAGGCCGGCCCAGGCUGAGAGCUCCUCGCUCGGGAAGGAGGCAGCAAGCACAGGGGCUGGAGCUCCAGGCAGAGCCAGACCGAGUCACAACCAGGGCCUCCUCAAGCCCCGUCCCAUCGCAGAGCGGAGCUCGUCAUUGGCCACCCAGUAUUCUGUGACCGCCAACUCCAAAGCAGCGUCGGCCAAUCAGUUAGCCGGCUCGUUGCCAUGCGGACGGUCGCUGACAGCCAUGCUGCCUCCCUCCAGCUCCAAACUUCCUGUCAAGGGAUUACCCAGAAGCUUAAGCUCCUCCUCCUUGGGAAGCAGCCCCGCCCAGAACAACAAAGAAGCUCCUGCGGGGAGCCCUGCGGACGAGGAGCCCGGUCGAGGCGCACCUCCCGUGGGCAACCACAGCCCGGCUAACCCCCCCGGCCCAGGCACCGCAGUUAGCACGGACGCUAACGCUAAUGCUAACAACAACGCCUGCAAUAAUGCUAGCACUAAUGCUAGCAGUGCUGCUGCUAGCACCAGGGCUCCUGGGAUCCGUUGCAGAGCUUUUUCAGUACAGAACAGGAACAACACUACUGGCCUGAAGCCCCCCGCCGUCACCGGCUCCUCCCCCGCCAGGACCACCAAUCACGCCGCAGCCGGUCACAAAACGGCCGCCUCAGCCAAUCCGGCGUCGCCGGCCAAACCCUCCCAGAAUCCUUUUCAGCGGAGCGGCUCAGCCCGGUACAACCGGCCGACAUCGACCAUCAGCCCAGUGGACAAGAACAAACCUCGGGGGGCUCCGGCCAAACCCAUCCAUGCUGGCUCCACCCCCACCCCCACCAGCACCACCCAGCCCGGCUGCACCAGCACCCAGCCCGGCUGCCCCCUCCAAGCUGGACCCAACCACAACCUCAACCAGAACCUUAACCAGCAGCCUCCAGCAGAGAUACAGAUUCCAGACCUGCUGAAUGGGAACGGGCCGCCGUGCCGCCGCCCAGCGCAGACCCCCGAGGUCGGAGCGCGCACCCCCACCUCCACCCCCACCUCCCCCUCCACCCCCACCCCCCAGGGGAUGGGGGUGCGUACCGGGUCCCGCCCCAACGGCCGCGUGCCCCCCCGUCUGGCCGGGGGCCCCAGCUCAGGACCCCAGGCUGGGGGUGGGGGCCGGAGGGUGGAGGAGAAGAGGAGCCACAGUAAGGAGCAGGUGGAGGAGAAGCGUCUGAGGAGACUCCUGGUGCAGGGGAACCGCAGGGUGGAGGCACUGGCCACCGUCAUCCAACACCUCCUCUCGGAGCGUGAGAUGGUGUUGAAGCAGAAGCAGAAUCUUUCUAAUCAACUGACAGACCUGAAAGAGGAACUGGCCUCCUCCACGCUGAGCUGUGAGCAGCUCCAGAAGGAGAAGGAGGAGGCGCUGUGCAGCCAGCAGGAGGCGCUGUGCAGCCAGCAGGAGCAGCAGAAGGAGGAGCUGGGCCAGCUGGAGGACAGGCUGAGGAGCUUCUACCAGGCGGAGUGGGACAAAGUUCACCAGCGGUACCAGGAGGAGGCUGACAGGUUCAGAGCCCUGAUGGAGCAACAGGUGGAGGAGCUGAGGAGCAGGCAGGAAGCAGAGCUCAGGGAACAGGAAGUGACACACAGCCAAGAGGCGGAGUCUAUGACCCAGCGCUUUGAGGCAUCUGUUCAGGACCUGCAGAGCAGCCAUCAGGAAAACAUCAACCAGUUGGACAGAAGACUACAGGAGACAGAAGCUACUCUCUCUGAGAGAGUGUCGGUGCUCCUGCAGGAGAAGGAGGAGCUGGAGGAGAAGCUGCGAGCGGAGGAAGAGGCAACGAGGCGGUCCCUGACGGAGCCCAGGUACCUCUACCUCCAGCAGGAGCUGGACAGCCUGAAGGUGGUGCUGGAGAUGAAGACGUCCCAGCUGCACCUCAAGGACAAGAAGCUGAUGGAGAUGGAGAAGCUGGUGGACACCAACGCGAAACUCGAGGAGUAUAUGAACCGGGUGCGGCAGGAGAACGAGGACUACAGAGCCAGGAUGAGCAAGCACGCUGCCCUGUCCAAGCAACUGACCAGUGAGCAGGCCCUGCUGCAGAAGAACCUACAAAAGGAGUCGAAGGUCAACAAGCGUCUGUCCAUGGAGAACGAGGAGUUGCUAUGGAAACUGCACCACGGCGACCCGCUGGGCAGCCCCCGCCAGCUCUCGCCUACCUCACCCUGCCACUCGCCGCCGAACUCUCCCCACUUUCCCACGGCCCCGCCUCUGUCCCCAAGAUAACCCCGCCCCCCUCUCACACACACACACACACACACACACACACAACACAGUCCCCGUGUGCUGUGCACGUCAGACAUUCCCAUCGACUCUUUGUCCUUCAUCAUCAUCACGAACCCGCGAGACUGCUGUUUUGCAUCCCACGGGAAUAUUCAGAAACCAGACUGGAAUUCACAACAGACUUAACCUUCCCUCUCUCUCUCUCUCUCUCUCUCUCUCUCUCUCUCUCUCUCUCUCUCUCUCUCUCUCUCUCUCUCUCUCUCUCUCUCUCUCUUUCUACCAAGCGCCAGGUGUCUCUCGCCCCUCGGCCUACUCAGGGUCUGUACAUAAGUAGUCUCUCGUCCUCUCCUCUCGGUGUUGAUAUCUUUACCUCUUGUGUUUUGACUUGCUGCCAUUCCCAACAUACCUGUGUGUGUGUGUGUGUGUGUGUGUGUGUGUGUGUGUGUGUGUGUGUGUGUGUGUGUGUGUGUGUGUGUGUGUGUGUGACCGACACGGCCUUGGCCAAUGGGAGCGGGGCAGCGUGGUAUCCAUGGCAACCUGUCUGGGCGUGGUUGUCCUCCCUGGGAACGGACAGAGCCUUCCUCUUCCCAUGCCGCCCUCAAAGACUUCGUAUUUUCUUUUUCUCUUUUUACAAAGAGCGACAGCCAAUCAACAGACUCAUGGACUGACUGCGUUUUGUCCGUAAAUGGGCGAACAGGAAGGACACAACCUUCACGGAGAACAACGAAUGUAAAGGCUCUUGCACGUGGAACCCUGCUUCCCUAACCCUAACAGGGUCACGACCCCAAACUACCAUUAAUCCCUCCGGGGACACAACCCCAAACUAACAUAAACCAUGGAACCCUAGUGGGGUCACGACCCCAAACGACCAUGAAACCUAGAACCAUUGUGGGGUCACAACCCCAAACUACCAUGAAACCUAGAACCUUUGUGGGGUCACAACCCCAAACUACCAUAAAUCCUAGAACCCUUGUGGGGUCAUGACCCCAUACUACCACAAACCAUAGAACCCUUGUGGGGUCUCAACCCCAAACUACCAUGAACAAUAGAACCCUUCUGGGGUCAUUGCCCCAAACUAUCAUAUACCAUAGAACUCUUGUGAGUUCACGUCUUACUUUUGGUUUUGCUGAACCCUUGGUUGAACCCUCUCAACUCCCGGGGCGAUCAGAGGAGGCUGGGCUGUGGGUCCUCCCCUCAUGUUAGCGUUGAGCUGAUAAAGAAGCCGCUGACGCUCGGCCUGAGAUCGAGGUCAGUCCCCGCUCUGUGCCUGUCCGGCCUCGUCUCUUCUCUUGCCUUGGAAAUCUCUGCUUUACCCACAAUGCCGCAGUCCACCCUACUCCUGCUCCGAUCAAUAAUAAACGCAGUAUACGAUCCAACCGGCUGUGUGUCUUUGUUUUUUAAUCAGAUGGGACAUAUUUUGAAUCUCUUAUGGGGUCAUGGUCUGAUAUGUUUUGCGUCAUCUGAUCGGUUAUACUGAUCGGCCUUUAUAGAGAGCACCGAUCAAACAAUUUCAAAUUAAUAUCUGCCGAUUACGAUCGGCGGCUGAUCGAUGGGAGCAUCCCUGAUGGUUUUAAUCAUUAAUAAUUGAAUUAUUAAUCAGAGAAGGGUUGGGUGUUGAUAAUGUAUACUUCAUGUACACUUGGUGUGAAAGCAGAUAAUACAACUGUGUUGAUUAGUUGCGAUAACAAAUACUGAUUUCUUGUUUAGCUCAACACAACCACAUUGAUGGGAAGAGAUGAUGGUUGGAU